AUGACUCAGUUGAACGCUGGAGUCUUUUUACCCCACGCGCUUCAAGAGAGUAUCUGCGCUACCGUCUUCAACACUUCAAUAUCGGUCAGCGCUUGCUUUGAGGCACAGCUCUUUGCCUCGACCUUCAACGUCGGAUGCGUCUGGACAGUGCCAAGCAACGCCUCGGUGAUCGUUUACGGAGCGUACCGCAUGACAUCGUCGGUCGCAGCACUCAGCGUCAAGCUCGCGGCGCGCGUCUCGCUCACUGUCUGGCGCCGGUACUAUUCUCAAUACCGCAGGCUCGCGCAGCUCUGUAAUCGCUAUCCCAAGGUCGCCCGCGUUCAUAUUUGUGUCGGAGACCCUACGAGCAUCUUCCUCUUGCAUCCUGUGCUGUGCCUCUGCUUGGUGCUCGACGUUUGGCAGAGCGUCGGGACCGUGUACUUGCAGAUGCUCGCCGUGCUGCAAGUUGACGAUUUCUGGCAGUUUGCACUUGGAUACCUCUACCUCUCUCGCAGCGUGUGGUUUUGCUAUUCGUUUCUCUCUUGCACGUCCAUGUUGCUCAAGAAACACAAGCGCGAGCACUGGUUUUCGCCGCUGGACCCGACCCUUGUCGCGAUUGCAGCGGCCCUCAUCGCAGGCCCUUUCACCAUUGUAGAAGGCGGCACCGCGCUCAUGGUGGUCUACUCGUGGUUCUUCAACGUUGUCGCGCCGUCGCAUCAUUCGGUCGAGACGGCUGUCUCGGUUUUUGUGUACACAAUUGUGCUCGGACAGCUGCCCCUUCUCACGGGCUUUGGCUUGCAUUUCUGGCGCGUGAAGCAGCCGACGGACUACGCAGCCAUCGCAUUCAACGAUAUCAAGCAGCGCGUGCUCUUGAGAAUGGAGCGACUCUGCCUCGGUGUGCCUUCCAACGUGCGACGCCGCGGCGGUUCGAUCCACGCGCGCGGCGCCGACUGCUACCUCAUCUUGUACGAUGGGCAUGGUGUGGCCAUCGAGGUCGUGCGGCUGAGUUUGAUAUACUGCAUCGACACGACCGACGAUGAUCUUGAUGUGAUCGUGCUGCCGACGUUCCAUGCGUUUGGCCACAUGACGCUCGUGCCCGACGAGACGACGGGUGUGCGUCGGCUAUUUCAUCACAUGCCGCUUGGCAGUGGCUGCGCAUGGAUCGAGUAGAUACCAACGAAGAGCUUGAAACAAGAUGUACAUUAUGAAAG